CGACAAGCACCGCCGGUUGUUCGCAAAAUUGCUUGCUGUUCAAAUUGAGGUAUUACCUCUCACACAGGUAAUUUUUUUCUCUUCGUGAGUACAUCAUGGCUGUAAACCCUUGGUUUCGGCUGCUUAUAUACGGCAUGCUUGGAUUUGCUUAUGAAAUAGUCUUCACUUCAUUGUUUGACUUUGUGGCUUCCAAUUUCACCGACUUCAAGUUCAAAGGAUACUCUUCCAUUUGGUCCUUCUUUAUUUAUGGCACCUGUAGUUUUUGCGGUGAACAAGUAUACGUCCACAUAAGAAAUCGUUUAUCGGUAUUUUGGCGCGGCUUAAUUUGGGUUCAAAUGGCUUACACGUGGGAAUUUUUUGGUGGCCUCGUCCUCAAUCAAUUUUCCGCGCGUACCUGGGACUACAGCCAUUACAAGUAUGACAUCAUGGGGCUGAUCGCGCUCGAAUACGCGCCACUUUGGUUUUUCAGUGGUUUGCUUCAAGAAUUUUUCUACGAAUAUUUGUUGAGCUUGUCUUUACUGCCUUCUGCUGAGAGCAAAGAAGGGAUCGAGAAAAAAUCGAGUCAAGAAAUGAAUGGAAACUUGAAGAUAGACUGAGGGCCAAAGGGAAGGAUUUUGGACUGAAUAAGCCACUAACUUCUGGAAUAAAGUUCAAUAAGUAAAAAAAAAAAAAAAAAAAAAAA